AUGGAGGCCAGAAACCACACAAUGGUGACAGAAUUCAUUAUUUUGGGUUUAACAGAGGAUCCUAUACUUUGUUCUAUCUUCUUUGUGAUUUUUCUAGGAAUCUAUGCUGCUACCAUAUUGGGCAAUAUCAGCAUAAUCGUGUUAAUCCACAGAAGCCCACAUUUUCACACCCCAAUGUACCUUUUCCUCAGCCAUUUAGCCUUUGUGGAUAUAGGGUAUUCCACAUCAGUCACACCCAUUAUGAUUGUGAGUUUCCUCAGAGAGAGAACUACUAUUCCUGUCGCUGGCUGUAUGGCUCAGCUUAGCUCUGAUGUUGUCUUUGGAACGGCUGAGUGAUUCCUGCUGGCGGUCAUGGCCUAUGACCGCUAUGUGGCCAUCUGUGCUCCACUUCUCUACACCAUGUCUUCCAGAGUCUGUAUCAUCUUAUUGGUUGCUUCCUAUCUGGGGGGAUGUGUGAAUGCUUCAUCAUUUACUGGCUGUUUGCUGAGCUUGGCUUUCUGUGGUCCAAAUAAAAUCAACCAUUUCUUCUGUGGCCUCCCACCACUAGUGAAGCUUUCCUGUACCCAUUUUUAUGUUGCUGUAAUAGCUCCUGCCAUCUUCACUGGGUCAAUCAUUGUAAUCACACUGUUUAUCAUAGCUGUUUCAUAUCUACAUAUCCUGCACUCAGUCUUUAAUAUUCAUUCCUUUGAGGGGAGACACAAGGCCUUCUCUACUUGUACUUCUCACCUCACUUUGUUUUUUGGGACAGUCACAUUUGUUUAUGUCAUACCAAAGUCAAGCCACUCAUCUGACCAUAUUAAAGUGGUGUCUGUGUUCUAUACAGUGGUGGUCCCCUUGCUCUACAAUCUGAGAAACAAAGAGGUGAAAGAGGCAAUGAGAAAACUGAUGACUAAAAAACAUAGGUCAUUUUGA